AUGGUCGCCGUCGAAACAGACUACAUUAGCGUGGGGACAGGCGUACUUGCCUUCGGUGCGGACAACAAUGUCGCCUUAUGGGAUCCUCUAGACAAGAAUGAUCGUGGUAUCUAUGCCCUACUUGUUGGUCAUACCGACAAAGUCAGCGUCGUUCGAUUUUAUACAUGCCCCGCCUCAGGAACGAGAUUUAUUGUCACCGGCUCCGUCGACCGCACAAUACGGGUAUGGCAAAAAGACAAUGCCGAUCCCCACAACUAUGUCCUUGCAUCUACCCUUGAGGGUCACACGGGCUCAGUGAACGCGAUUGCCGUCGCCGAUGGCACAAACAUCAUCGCAUCUGGAGCGGCUGAUGGGACAGUUCGGACCUGGAGAAUAAAUGCAGAGGACGGAUUGAAGUGCGAGCUACUUGAAACUAUCACAAUGACACCACGGUUUUUCCCGCUGUCUCUGUCAUUGCAGGGACUUGAAGGCGACUCGGAUAAGCCAUUGGUGUUGGCCGUUGCAGGUACAACGACCAAGGUUCAGAUCUACGUCUCGGAAACCUCCAUCGGCAAGCCAGAGUUCAAGCGCCAGGCUGUGCUUGCGGGACAUGAAGCCUGGAUCAAGGCUCUUUCGUUCACCCAGGACAAGCAGAACAACGGUGAUAUCCUGUUAGCGUCUGCAAGUCAAGACAGAUACAUCCGUCUUUGGCGACUGCGUCGGGGUGAAGCAAGUGCCCCUGCUCCGAUAGAUGAUACGGAUCCUCUGCUUGGAGGAAUGGAACCUACGCUAUCCAACAAAGCCCAUGAGUUCGAGGCUGCAGGAUCGAAAUACUCCAUUACUUUCGAAGCUCUUCUCUUUGGACACGAAGACUGGAUCUAUACUAUUGCAUGGAAUCCUGAUUCGAACCGACAACAGCUUCUCUCGGCAUCGGCUGAUAAUACCAUCACAAUUUGGGAACAAGACCAAGCAUCAGGCGUUUGGAUGUCCGCAGAGAGAAUGGGAGAGAUCAGUGUCCAAAAAGGAUCUACCACGGCGACUGGUAGUGCAGGUGGCUUCUGGAUUGGGCUCUGGUCACCAGAUGGAAAGCAGGUGGUGAGUCUUGGCCGGACAGGUAGUUGGAGAGUCUGGCGACAUGAUUCCGACUCGGAUCUUUGGAUACAGAGGUUCGGUAUUUCGGGCCAUGUGCGCCCCGCGAACGGUGUACAAUGGGAGCCCACUGGAGGCUACCUGCUUUCAACCAGUUCAGACCAAACCACCCGACUUCAUGCAAAGUGGGUGCGGGGAAAUACAGGUUCCUGGCAUGAGUUUUCUCGCCCUCAGAUUCACGGGUACGAUUUGAACUGUGUCGACACACUGGGUCCCUCACAGUUUGUGACUGGCGCAGAGGAGAAGCUCCUGCGUGUGUUCAAUGAGCCCAAACCAAUUGCUCAGUUGCUCGAGAGACUCACUGGGUUCAAACAAUCGAAUGACGAGGACCUCCCAGACACUGCUGAAAUCCCAGUGCUGGGUCUCUCGAAUAAGGCACUUGGGGAUGAGGCGCCAGUGGAAGAGGACGAGCAAAAAGCCCCAACUGAGGCGCCAAUCGCUUCUGCCUCGCUGGCUGCCAACCACCCGCCACUGGAGGAUCAGUUGUCUCGUUACACAUUGUGGCCGGAGCAUGAGAAGCUCUACGGCCAUGGUUAUGAGAUUUCAGCAGUGGCAGUGAGCCAUGACCGUAAGGUCAUUGCUACGGCCUGCAAGGCCAGCUCGAUUGACCAUGCGGUGAUUCGCCUGUAUGAUACGUCAGACUGGCAUGAGAUCAAACCUUCCCUCACUGCACACUCGUUGACCAUCACGGACCUUUCAUUCUCGAGUGACGAUCGCUAUCUUCUCAGUGUUGGACGAGAUCGCCAAUGGGCGGUCUUCCAGCAGAGCGAUGCAGACCCAACUACGUUUACAAGCCUCAGCUUAAACCCCAAGGGUCAUUCUAGAAUGAUCCUAGGUGCAGCCUGGGCCCCAGCUACCACAGACCAUGUCUUUGCCACGGCAGGACGUGACAAAUCUGUGAAGAUCUGGCAAAAGUCCGAAGACACUUUUGUCAGCAAGACAACCGUAGCCCUAACAUCGGCCGUCUCAGCGAUUGCUUUUUUGCCCGCAACAUACAAAGGCACAUAUGUUAUUGCUGUCGGCGAGGACAACGGUGUCAUUUCUAUCCACCGAAUUGCCGCUGACACUCUCGAAGCACAGCACAUCGUGACUAUUGACAAAGUGGCCUCGCCCUCGAAGACAAUUACUCAAUUAUCAUGGCGACCAGUGCCGGCUGCAGAGGCGGAUAGCAGGGAUCAGUUCGAAUUGGCGGUGGCAAGCGAGGACACGUCCACCCGGAUAUAUGCUAUCUCGAACAUGCUCUCAUGA